AUGGUGAAACGGAACUGUAACUGCAAGUAUCAGGCAACUACACCGGAUCUAGUGAAGAUUUCUUCACCAAAGGCUCAUGAUGAUCCUUUUGGUUCUUCGUCACCUCGACUUGCUUCUGAUUGUCCGGGCCAGAGUAAUUUCAGAGGUUUUACACCGGAUUCAACGGUUAUCACAUCUCCGAAGACUCGCGAUAAGCCUUAUGGCUCAUUGUUAUCUCGCGGUUGGUCAGAUGUUCUAGAUCGUGCAGAUUUUCUGUCGAUUUCGUGGUUUUUCCUCGGUUGUUACACCAAUCGUUUCACAGCUGCUUCGAUGGUGAAUACUCACAGCUUGUGUGCUUGGAACUCCUUAACUCUUGAAGAUGUUUCUUCAGUUUCAGUCCAUCUAAUGCAUUUAACUUCUGUAAAUGCGAUUGAUCUUAUGGCUGAUUUUGUGAUGGAGUGGUAUGCAUUGUUUCCUGGUUUGGUUGAGCUCAUUGUUCCACCAGGAGUGAUUCUCCCAUAUGGUUCUCUAUCAAGGCCACAGGAGAAUUGUUUUGCAUCCUGUUCUUGGCGCAUAUACAGUGACAUGGUAUGUGACUCACUAUUUCUCUUCGCUAAGUAUAUAGAUUCUGGAAUGAUCUUUGUAGAUUCUGGAAUUUGGAACUUGGCUGGUGAUGUUAUUGUUGCGUUCUGGCAUUUGGAAUGUCGAUAUGCUCUUAGAGAGGGGGAGCUUUGGUUAGAUGAUUAUAGGCAUUUGGAACAUCUUGUUUUCCAGCUCAGAGUUUAUGCGCAUCUUGUUUCAAGAGAAUGCAAUAUGUAUUGCUUGAUGCUCCUUUCUCCUCUCUGGAUGCUCACAAGACUAAGAUGCUUAUGUUGCUCAUCUCGAGAAGCUGCUUCUGAAGUUUGUCUACAUGUUCACAAGCUUUUGUUUGCUGCUUCCGUCAUGCAUCUCGUCGCACAACAAACGUUUCUGCAGGUAACUGUUCAUUGUCGCAGAACAAAGUUUUAUGGUCCUGGAUUCACUACCACUGAUGAGCUGCGGCUGAAGCAGAGUUUGCCUCAUGUUCUACAAAGACAGCGUCGUAUGCUUUUGGCUCGUUCUGGUUGGUUCAUCUCUAUUCUCGAACUCCUUUACUGUUCUUUACCGAGACCACCAGAGGUUCCUUGUGAUUCAUGUUGA